AUGUUGCUCAUUGAGUUAAAUGUUGCUUUCUUCUCUAAUAUUCUCAGGAUCAUCCAUGAAGACGGCUAUUCAGAAGAUGAGUGUAAACAGUAUCGAGCAGUUGUGUACAGUAAUACCAUCCAGUCGAUUAUGGCUAUUGUGAAAGCCAUGACCAGUCUCAAGAUAGACUACAGCAGUCCUGCCAGAACGGACGAUGCCCAGCAGCUGUUUGCCCUGUCCGCAGCUGCUGAGGAGCAGGGCACUCUCCCUGAGGACUUGGCCAGUGUGAUGAGGCGACUGUGGGAUGACAGUGGCAUACAGAGCUGUUUUACAAGGUCGCGAGAAUACCAGCUCAACGACUCGGCAGCAUAUUACCUGAAUGACCUGGAGAGGAUAGCCAAAGCAGAUUACAUUCCCACCCAGCAGGAUGUGCUACGAACUCGGGUUAAGACCACUGGCAUUGUUGAGACUCACUUCACCUUCAAGGAGCUGCACUUUAAAAUGUUCGAUGUGGGAGGCCAGCGCUCUGAGAGAAAGAAGUGGAUUCACUGUUUUGAGGGAGUCACAGCCAUUAUCUUUUGUGUUGCACUGAGUGCUUAUGACCUGGUGCUGGCAGAGGAUGAGGAGAUGAACCGGAUGCACGAGAGCAUGAAGCUUUUUGACUCCAUCUGCAACAACAAGUGGUUCACCGAAACCUCCAUCAUUCUGUUCCUCAACAAGAAGGACCUCUUUGAUGAGAAAAUUACCCGGAGCCCCCUCAGCAUCUGUUUUCCCGAGUACACAGGAGCCAACAAGUUUGAUGAAGCUGCGAGUUACAUUCAGACCAAAUUUGAGGACCUGAACAAGAAAAAGGACACCAAGGAGAUCUAUACCCACUUCACCUGUGCCACCGAUACGAAGAACGUGCAGUUUGUCUUUGAUGCAGUCACUGACGUCAUUAUUAAGAACAACCUGAAGGACUGUGGUCUCUUCUAA